AUGUCCCUUUCCCCCCAUGACACAGAAGCAGUUCAUGAGAAGUCUGCAGUAACUAGUUCCUCUCCCACGUUCAGAGACGAUGACAUAUCCAAUGAGUCCACCACUCCCCCUUCUUCAAUCUUUCAGAAGAUCAACAACCGCAUUGAAAACCUCGCUGGACUAGAAGCGAGAGGUAUCCAGCGUGUUUUACCCGAAGAGCGACAGCCUGCUUCAAGCGCUGCAGACCUUCAAGUCGCGCUACUAUGGUUCAGUGCGAACCUAUCACUAAAUAACCUCGCCACAGGCCUUUUUGGGCCGAUGGUAUUUGGGUUGGGGUUCCUGGACAGCGCGCUCCUUGCGGUGUUUGGAACAAUCUUGGGUGCUUGCUCCACGGGGUACAUGGCAAUAUGGGGCCCGCAGAGUGGAAAUCGCACGAUGGUUGUGCUACGUUACUUCUUCGGUUACUGGCCUUCAAAGAUUCCAACAUUUCUUAACAUAGUUUUGAUGGUUGGAUAUGCUACAAUCGACUGCAUCAUUGGCGGACAGGUUCUAUCCGCUGUAAGUGGUGGUACCAUGACCAUCUUGGUGGGUGUGAUAAUCGUCGCUAUCGUUUCAUGGAUUGUCGCUGUCUUUGGCAUGAAAAUCUUUCACACCUAUGAACGGUAUGCUUGGAUUGCGCAAGUAGUUGUACUUGCGGUGCUUAUAGGUGUUGCAGGGCCUUCAUUCAACGCCUCUGCUCAACCUACCGUCUCCGGCCCAGCACUUGCUGCCGGUCGCCUUUCAUUCUUCACAUUAUGCUUUUAUGUCCCGAACUCAUGGGCUGCUGCUGCGUCUGACUUCUAUGUCUACUAUCCUGAGCGCACAUCUCGAUUGAAGGUCUUUCUGCUUACUGUUAUUGGCCUGACCAUGUCAUUCACCCUUGUCUACCUCAUUGCCAUUGGGCUGGCCACAGGUCUCGUCAGCAACAAAGACUGGGCUGACGCCAAUGCUAUCAGCACUGGUGCUCUCAUAGUCAAGGCUUACGAUCCUCUUCAUGGCUUUGGAAAGUUUUGUUCUGUUGUAGUAGCCCUGGGCGUUAUCGCCAAUAGCACGCCUUCUCUUUACUCAGGCUCACUUGGCUGCCAAGUCCUUGGCCGUUACACCAAAGCUGUACCUCGAUGGGUAUGGUCUACUGUCCUGUCUCUGAUUACCCUCGUCCUCGCAAUGGCCGGCCGGGAAAGCCUUCUAGUCAUUUUUCAGAACUUUGUGGCGCUAAUGGGAUACUGGGUCAUGCUCUUCAUAUGUAUUGUGUUGCAGGAACAUUUAAUCUUCCGUGGCCGUCGAGGGUUUGACUGGACUGCAUGGGAAGACAAAAACUACCUUCCUGUUGGGCUGGCUGCUUUUGCGAGCUUUGUCCUGGGUUGGGUCGGUGCCAUUCUAGGCAUGUCUCAGGUGUGGUACAUUGGACCUGUGUCACAAGCGGCACACACAGCUGAUCUAGGAAUGUGGUUGGGCUGUGCAUUCGCUAUCGUUACAUUCCCUAUAUUUCGACACUUCGAACUCAGGAUAUACGGAAGAUAG